AUGCAGAGCUUUGAGACGGCGCUUAGGUACUUCACACUCCGGCAAGAGAGGAAGGUGGAGAGGCGCAUCCGCGGCAUGUUCACGCUCUUUCUCGUUUCCCCAUUUCACCGGUGUAUUGAGACGGCAGCGGUGAUGAACGUCAUUGCAUUUGAGGGAAGGCUGCCAAUGUACGUGGAGCCUCUCUUGUCGGAUUGGCAGAAGGCGAAGGUGUUUCGCACCGCUCCCGUACUGGGAGGCUCGUACACGACCACUGAGCGGCCCAGCGUGCCCGGGGCAAAAGGCGAUCGGCUCCUUUUCCGACCACAAGUGGAGGCGCUUCGCGCGACGCUGAUCCCGUUCCUGAAAACGCGCGCAGCGGAAGAAACCGAGCUCCUCGCCGAAUACAACAUCGGCACUGAGGUGGCGAGUGCAUGGGCCACGUUGGCGGAGGAGUGGCUAAACACGCACACCGCGCUUCCCGUCUGGACGUGCGCCGCGGCGACGAGUGCCAUUGAGGCAAAGGUCGCCUCGCGGUCUGACGGCACCAGUGAUGUGCGUGCAACAAGCCGAAGGGCUGGCAAGAGCUCUCAGUCUUCUCCACGAGAUGCCUCGGAUGAGGGGUACUGCGGCUGCGGCGUGGCGCACCCAGAGGGCAAGUCGGACCUGGUCCGGCGCUGCGAGCAGGUGAUGAGCACGCACUUUCUCCGCUGCGCCGCUGUCGAGUCGGAUACGAUGGUGCCUUUGGCAAUCCAGACUGCCGUGGCCGCGGAGCGAAAGACGCGUUUGCCCAAGUAUUUUCAAAUUUGGGGAGAGCGCACAGCGGAGAACCGCGAGUCUGCCGGGCCGCCGGCGCUGCUGCCACCGAUGCACAUCAUGGCCAUCACCCACGCCGACGUGGUGUCCACGCUCUUGGAGGUGUGCUGCCCCAAGUAUCACGACAAGGGUGCCGGCUAUUCGGUGCCCUACUGCAGCGUCACGACGCUUCAGCGACACAACAACUACUACCGCAUCCCGACCGCAGAGGAGCGGCGACGACGAGAAGCGAGUGUCAGCACUCUCGCACCUGCUCAAAAUCGCGGAAAGUGGUGUGCAAAGAGGAAAGGGAACACAGCAUCAUCCAAGAAUCAGCUGACGACUCCGAUUCGGACAAGACCACUCUCGCCAUUGCCUGUGGAGUGGAAUGUGGAGGUGGUCGGCUCCACCGACCUGCUGCGCACUCGCAUCGUGAUUCAGUACGGCAAGUAG